AUGGAAUUAUUUCAUGAAUUUCAAACAUUCAUUCAUAGUCUUCCAACAACAAUCACAACAACUAAUCUUAGUGGUGUUCGAGAAAAAGCCAAAUUUAUUACACCACUUAGUAUAAGUAAUGAUGAUAUUCCAGAAAAUUUUAAUAAAAUGUCAGUCGUUAUACUUCAAAAUUUAUUGAAUUAUCAUGAUGAUAAUGAAAUGUUUCCUAUUCCAUCAUUAAAAUUAUUACUCGAUUUAAUUGGUACAUUUGACAUAUCCGAUUCUAUUACAAAAUCUAAAUUGAUGUUAUUAUUACAUGGUACAAAACUAAAAUUAUCAAGCGAAAGAUUAUGUUCUUGGUUUGUGAAAGUGAAACUAACGAAGGAAAUGAUAAUCGAUGAUACACAUGAACAUCUUAAUCGAUGGAAAACUUUUGCAUCAUUAACAUUGAAUCAUCCCGUUGUAAUUGAAGUUAUAAAGAGUUUAGCAACUGAUGGUACAGGUAUAUGUUUACCAAAUAUUCUUUCAUCUAUUCAAGUGGAAAUAAUUGAUUGUACCUUAGCUGGUUUACGAGGGUUUUGUGGAAUUAAUAAGAUUUAUAUAAAUGCAGCUUAUAUUCGUAGUCAAAUGUCAACAUACUCAACAACAUUUCAUCCUGAUUCACCUAUUGGAAAAUCAGUUGUUGAAAUGGACAUAUGUACAAUAGCAAUUCAUGAAUUUUGUCAUGCAAGACUUAGACAGAUUAUGCGAAAUGGUCCUUUUUUCGAUCAAAUUGAUUAUUGGCAAUCAGCUGCCGACAAUAAAUGGGAUUUGGAUUAUUUUCAAAAGUUCAUUAAAGCAAUUGAAUCAUCAUCAGCUAUACCACCAUUUAAUUCAACAAAUAAUUAUAUAAAACGUUUUCUAUCAACAACAUCUGGUCUUGAUAUAGAUCUAACCGCUGAUGAUUAUUAUGUGUGA